AUGCAUCGCAGGAAGAGCACCGAGAAGACAAGAAAAGUCACUCCACCGUCGCCGUGCUAUAUGAAUAACGAGCAGUUCGCUGCCUACCUUGCCAAUCUCAGAACAAAUCGAGUUACUCGUCCAGGCGGAGCCAGACCCCUGCCCCCUUCAUCCUCGAGUACAAGAUCUAAACGCACCUCUUACGAGCGCAGCGUUCCUGAACCUCUUUCUCAACCUGAAAGCCCUGCCCUGUCCAGCCCAAGCACUAUCGAUACGCCAUCACGACCUACACUUUUUUCUGCAAAUACCAGCUUCUCCUCCCGUCACUCUAUGUCUAGUACUCAGGGUCGUGAUUACUACCCUUAUCGUCCAACGUCACCUUUGAAGCCCUCCGAGGUUGUGCCCACAACAACGUACAUGGAGAGAGGUCAACGAUGGAUGGAAAAAGAAGAGGCUGUGUCACUUCGACAAGCCAUGGACGAUAUGCAGAUCAAGGCGGAUGAGCCCAGCUCCCGAAAAGAUGCCGCUUAUGAUAAGAACAACACUGGCGGCACGCCAGACGGCGACGAGACUCGCAUCUAUAAUGCCGCACUCGAUGAAGCCUCGGAGCUUGUUUGGCAGCAUCAAAAUGGAGUCCAGCCUCCAGACCCCCACGCCCCUUAUCGGUACAAGCCUCAUCUCAGGAAGAAUAGCUACGCCCACGCUCGUACGGCCAGCGUGGGAAAAUACGGCGACAGAGUAACUCCAACCGGUCUAGCAAGAGACGUCUCAAGGUCCGCUUCUGGCAGCUCAACUGAUAGUGAUGGGCACUCUCGACGAAGCCGGCCCUCCCUUGCUUUAUCGCGUGACAGCUUCGGAGGAGACAACUGCAACCCCGAGGAACCGUCGGAACCCUCCGACUCUAGCCGACCUCUCCCCAAACCUAUGUCCUCUGGCCGUCGCCGUAGUAGCAUGAAGCGUAACAUUAGUGGAGAAGUCGAGAGACCAUUCUCAGGCGAUCAAAUUUGGGAAGAACCGGAAGGCACCUUGCGCGAAGACAAAUUCAAAACGCAGUCGGAAUCGGCAUCGAAUUCGCCCCUUGUGGACAAGCCAAAGAAUCCUCAAGGCCAGGUCCGCUUUGCUGCCGCUCCCCCGGCAGAUCGUGUGGCCCCUUGGAAACCGAGAUGCAAUGUUGAAAUCCACCGAAACCCACCGUCACAGUCGCGAAAUCCCCUGUACACGACCAACAGCCCUGCCCCCAAGCCCGCAGUGGAUGAUGCGGUGCCCAAGAAGAAUGGCAUGGAGAUCCGCAGUGACGAUAUUCGGGGGGCCACGAGCAUGAAGCUCAAGGACCGGAGUGCGAAGCUGCCUACACCCACGGCAGUCAGCGAUCGCCCUGGACGGCCGAUUGUAAGCUUCGAUUCGAAGUGGAAGGCUCCUGACGAGAGAACUGAUGUUAGGCCAGGGUCAGGUUCCGGCAACAACACAUUGGGAGCCUCGAGCCAAAAGAGCCAGCCGAUGGAGAUUCCUUCUAUCGUGGUGGCGCCGGAGGAGCCUUCGUCGGACAGACCACACGGGGUCCCGGCCGUACCGUCCAUCAGUCUCGACGGGGUAGACGAGGGAAUAGGAUCUAGGCCGGGCAUACCUGUUAUUGUCACUCCUGACGACAACUCUUCAGCCUCUGCACCACGGCCGCUGCCCGACCCCAAGACGGCGUCCAGAGCACGACCCUUCCAGCGUCCUCAGCGGCACUGGUCGCCUGCUGCUGGAUCGGGAAAUCGGUCGACAACCCUGUGUCAUGAGUGCAGGUUUCCCAUUGAAGGCAGAUUUGUCUCUCUAGCUGGGUUGUCUGAGCGCUUUCAUCCCCAUUGCUUCAGCUGCUAUGCUUGUGGCACAGGGCUUGAGGCUUUAGAGAUCAGCCCGGAGCCUGAUACCCAUCGCAAAGAGCGUCUGGAGAGAAUCAGACGCAGAGCCAAUGGUGAGGUGCUGGAAGAGAAACCGGGAAAGACGAUGGCCGAAGAUGGUGAUGAGCGACUGCGUUUUUUCUGUCAUCUCGACUGGCACGAGCUCUACGCUCCUAGAUGCAAACAUUGCAAGACGCCCAUCCUCGGCGAACAUGUUGUCGCACUAGGUGAACACUGGCACUACGGACACUUCUUCUGCGCCGAGUGCGGCGACCCGUUCGAGAAGGGCAUGACACAUAUUGAAAAGGACGGAUACGCGUGGUGCAUCAAUUGUCAAACAAAGCGGACGGAAAGAAGGGCACCUAAAUGCAAAAAAUGCAAGAUGGCUGUCAUUGGUCAGUACAUCAGAGCACUGGGAGGCGAGUGGCAUGAUGAGUGCUUUCGCUGCGCUUCCUGUCAGGGUGGCUUCGAUGACGGUCAGGUCUUUCCAAGGGAGGUUGGAGAUAAGACGAUGGUGCUGUGCACAGGAUGCCGCAUGAUGGAACUCAAGGCAUAA